AUGUUUGUUCGCUCCACAGAGCCUCGUGUGGUGAUUUUCGUUAUGAGUGAUAGAAUUGACGAGACCCUUUGCUAUUCCGUUGGCUCGGCCCACCUAAGCGGUCUGCCCGUGGUGGUGGCCGGCUAUCGGAUGCCGUAUCGUGGGUUUCUGUCCAAGUUUGAAUUUAUGGUAAGGGCCAUCGAAAAUGCGGGGCUGAGCGAAGAAGAUGUAAUUAUUGUACUAGAUUCAGACACAAUCUUCACUGGUGUGGGUAUUAAUCCAUUCCUCGAUCGUUUCAUCGCGGAGUCCCCUGCAACGCCCGGGGAGCUGGACGCGCUGGCCGUGCGGCAGGGCCGUGCGAUGGCACCGUUCGUAGCUACUGGGGAGAUUGCUUGUUUUGCACCAAACGUGUUUGAUAAUUUCACAAUGUGCAGGCCUGGCUUUAAAGAUCUCUAUACCAAGGUGAGGAAAUAUGCCGCGGCACAUCCAGAGCAUAAUAUAUUGUUGCCUUCUAACCUAUCACCACAACACCACCUUAACUCAGGCAGCGUGAUUGCCCGUGCGUGGGCAUACAAGGAAUUCUUGUAG